CAAGUCCUUUGUAUUAUAGCAUUUAUUUCCUUCUUUUCUUUCUAGUUUUGGUUCUCAAGAAAUGACUCUAACUGGUAAAGAGAGUGUUGAACUUGGGAUCCAGACACCUGCUGAUAAGUUCUUCAGCUCUUUGGUGAAUCAACUUCUCGAUUUUCAAAGCGUUUCUGAUCAUGUUCAUGAGGCCAAGCUUCACAAAGGUGAUGGCCAUAGCAUUGGUUCCGUGAAGCAAUGGACUUACACCAUGGAUGGAAAGGUAGCAACAUGCCAAGAAAACUUUGAAGCCAUUGAUGAACAAAACAAAACUCUCACAUUCAAUCUCUUUGGUGGAGAUGUUAGUCCACAGUACAAGACCUUAAAAGCCCAUUUAAAAGUGACGGAUAAGGGUAACAGAAGAGGUGCCAUUGCUAAAUGGACUUAUGAAUAUGAGAAGCUUAGGGAAGAUAUUGCACCACCAUGUGCCUACUUGGAUUUGACAACAACGUUUACUAAAGAUCUUGAUGCUUAUCUUAUCAAGGCAUAAUACCAAAUUAAAGAAACAUUAAUGUGAGAGUAUUAUAUUAUAUAAAUAAAUCAGUUUGUGAUGUGAAAAAAAAAAUAACAAAGAAAAAAUGUGUUUAAUUUUUCCUCCCUAUAUUGUGAUCUUUCCCAUCAAAUAAUUUGUUCAAAUAUGUGAGAAGCUUGUAAUAGACGUAUAAAUAAGUGAUUGUUGUUUGGCUAUAAUAACUUAAUAGAGUAUC